AUGCCUCAAGGAGAUGACACACCCCGGCGACUGUCCAAGACUGGAACAAGCCUCUACGCAGUACUGGAACUAAAGAAAGGUGCCCGGCCUGAAGAGGUCAAAAAAGCCUACAGGAAACUGGCCUUGCAGUAUCACCCCGACAAGAAUCCAGGGGACACUCAAGCAGCAGAAUUCUUCAAAGAGAUCAACACAGCCCAUGCUGUACUCAGUGACCCUACCAGAAAGAAAAUCUACGACCAGCAUGGCUCACUGGGAAUAUACCUAUUUGAUCAUUUUGGUGAAGAAGGCGUCAGAUACUAUUUUAUUGUGAACAGCUGUUGGUUCAAGACACUCGUCCUCCUUUGCUGCCUCUUGACUUGCUGCUGUUGCUGCUGCUGCUGCUGCUUUUGUUGUGGAUAUCUUACUCCACCACCCGAAGAAGUUCACGGGAAGCAGCAGAGAAACGUCUGUACUCAGCCCACCAGAGUGCUGGGUCAGUGA